CGGCGUGCGGCGCUGCUUUGCUGGGCGUCGGGCGGCUGUGCGCGGAGCAGGCGGCAUGUUUGCGGGCAAGGCCAGUCCUCUCUUCUUGGACUCUUCUGGGAUCUGGUGGCAGGACCCAGCAUCCAUAGCAGCAGGGGAGGCGUCCUGGGAUGUGCCGGAGGUGGCAGCUCUGCAGAAGGCUGCGGAUGAUGGCUCAGACCACAGCCAACCGGAGGAGGACAGCUUGGAGGAGCUGGCUGUGCAGGACCCUGAGCUGGAGGCCAUCAAAGCCAGAGUGCGGGAGAUGGAGGAGGAGGAUAAGAGGCUGAAGGAGCUGCAGCUGGAGGCUGAGAGCUGCCUCCUCAUGGGCUCAGAGGCAGGUCUGUUCCAGAGGACGACCGAGGGGAAGGUGGAGGCUGACCAACGGUCCAUCUAUGUGGGCAAUGUGGACUACGGGGGCACGGCAGAGGAGCUGGAAUCUCACUUCAACAGCUGUGGCCAGAUCAACCGUGUGACCAUCCUCUGUGACAAGUUCUCAGGGCAUCCCAAAGGGUAUGCAUACAUCGAGUUUGAGCAGAAGAGCUCUGUGAAGGCGGCGGUGGAGUUGGAUGAGAGCAUAUUCAGGGGCCGUGUCAUUAAGGUGCUGCCCAAGAGGACCAACAUGCCUGGCAUCAGCAGCACCGACCGUGGCGGCCGCCGGGGCCGCUUCCAAGGCCGGGGAGGGCUGAUCCCACGCUGGGGGUACUAUGGGGGGCAGCCCCUGAGGCUGCGAGGGAGGACAUACAGGGGUCGGGCCAGGCUGCUGCCUUGGUAUUUCCCGUAUUAGAAAGGAAGACUGCGCUGCCCUGGAGGUGCCGAUGGGACCGAAGAGAUGGGAUUGGAGAGAUUUAAAAACAAACAAAAAAAUGCCUACCCGAGCCAAAAAAAAAAAAAAAAAGAUUAAUUUUAAAAUGCCAUCUGCCUGCCCUGGGGAUUACUGGUGGCAGCUGAGUGCUGUGCAGCUGGAGCUGGGCGCGAGGGGGAAGACUGGAUCUGCUCUGUUGGCAUCCCAGGAGCCAUCUCCUUAUCUUAGGGCUUGUUUUUAAAGGGAAGACUUUGUGUUAAAGAAGGCAGGCUGGGAGACCACCAUCGCAACUGUGAAGAUCUGCACUGCAAUCUGUUUUAUUAUGUGAUUCUCACGCUGAUCUUUCAGGAUCCUUGGUUAGGAUUCUUCUCGCCCAGAUGAACUGGCUCCUAAAGCAGCUUUUCACUGCUCAGGGCACUGCCAGACUGAAAAUCCCACUGAGUUUUGUUUUCCUUAGGACUUCAGGAUAUAUAGAUGUAUAUUUUAAAGCUCGGGGCCUUACCUCUUGUGUUGGUUUUGCACUUUGUCCAGCGUGGGCUGUGCUGCUGAGGCUGGCCUUGGUUUCCCUGUCUGAGAGACCCUUGGGCUCAAGCUACAAAACUGGCUUCUGCAAGGGCUCUGAGCUUUCCUUUAGUAGCUUUGUCAAUUAGAGAGGCUUAAUUUUUAAUAAAAACUACUUUGGAGUGUCUGGAUUGCUUUGUGCUGACUUGAGGGAUAGGAAAUGCAGAACUCUUGUCUCUGUGAGUGAGAGGAGUGAAGACUUUUAUAGGAAACUUUCAGCAUAGCAGUGUACAGCUGUGCCUUGUUUAGAUGGUGGGAGAGGCUCAGAUGCUUUCAUCUCCUUAUUUGACAGCUUCUUGUUGAUUAAAUGUAUUUGAGUUCUGUCUGAGAAGGUAAUGUAAAUGUCACUUAUUUUUAAAAUAAAUGAUCCUGCUGUGUGAACUUCA